CGAAAGUAAAUAGACAACAAACAAGAUGGCGGGUUAUGGACCACCGCCAGGACCUUAUGUAGGCUUUCAGCCGAGCGUUCAGCCUAUAGGAUUUGAAUUGCACCAACAGCCAGGCCAUCCACCUUAUGAUAACGGACCUGGCUAUCCAAACCCACCUUCGCAGGACAUCUAUCGUCCCACCACAAAUGAGUACGCAAGCUACCCAAAUCUUGCCAACCCAUCUUACCAUCACCACGGUGGUGGCGAUUCCGAUAACCUUCCACCUGUUGGCUUUGAAGGGAUUUCUAAGCGCCAAGAUCCUGACGUUGCGACAGCGUCAGGUAUCCAAAUCCAUGAAAAGUCCAAGGAGAGUCCUGUACAUCCACCAGAUUACAAUGAGCCACUCGAGAGAGCCUCCCAUCGCGUACCGUCAAGUUCAGAUGUAGAGGUUCGUACUUAAUAUGCGAUUGUACUUUUAUCUUAUUAACAAAGAGCUUUAUCAACUUGUGUAUGCUGCUUUGUUGGGCUGAUACCAAGCGGCCCUACGUUUGGUCUUGUUUUGUGUUCGUAAGAAUUUUGUAAGAAAGUUUUCGUUAUCGAUCUUCAGGUGUUUCUUGUUUCUUGAUCUUCAAUUUAUUUCAGCCAAAUUAGAUUUGUCUAAUAUUCUUAAGAAUUGAUCAGUGUACUUUUGGCUUUAAUGAAAUUUAAGUCGCCGAGCCUUUUCCGUUCAGCAUCUCCAGAAGCGGCCGUAUUUCCGCCGAGCAUAGGAAUCUCAACUGUUAUAUUAGUUAAGGGCUUGGAAUUUGAAAUUUGUUUGAUUGACUUUUUGGAACCUGGCCACUAACUUUAAUUUUCAAUCCAUGUAGAAAUUAACUGAGUGUCAUUCAACAUGCUUUUUCAACAUGUGUUUCUUGUUUCUCGUUUAUUGAUCUUCAAUUUAUUUCAGCCUAAUUAGAUUUGUUUAAUAUUCUGAGGAAUUGAUCAGUGUACUUUUGGCUUUAAUGAAAUUUAAGUUGCCGAGCUUUUUUCGUUCAGAAUCUCCAGAAGCGGCUGUGUUUUCGCCGAGCAUAGGAAUCUCAACUGUUAUAUUAGUUAAGGGCUUGGAAUUUGAAAUUUGUUCGACUGACGUUUUGGAACCCGGCCACUAACUUUAAUUUUCAAUCCAUGUAGAAAAUAACUAAGUGUCGUUCAACAUGCUUACAUGAAAUGACCUCUCCAGUGUUAAAAGAUUUGUUGAUCUUUUAUUUCUGGAACAGUUUUUGACAACUUGAUAUUUGUCAAUGGCAACAAAAUUCAAUAACAAGAGGAUCGGGAUCGUUUUCAUCACUGCUCAGUUUAUGAUCGGAGGAACUGCCUUUUAUUGUACUCUGUUUGAUUCCCUUCUAGAAAAAUUGGCGACCAAUAUGCAAAUAAGUGGUUCGGUGAGAAAUAAUCUUAACCCCUCUUUUCAGAUAAUUGAGGCAAUCUGGUUGAUCAUAUUUUGAAACAAGCUUUCAAAUGAUGAUAAAUGCUCUUGAACAUGUAACUCGAUACACACUAAUUCUUAGGACAUGUAAUUUGUAGUUUGAAGUGCAUAUUAAGAAGUUUUAUUUCAUUAACAGAUAAAGCGGUAUUAUGCAUCACUUUUGUGUUGGGAAUAACUUUUAAUUAAUUUCAGUUGUGGCAACAAGGGGUUUCCCUACUAUAUUUUAGAAUGACCUGCUUAAGUGUGAUUUCUCUGUCUUUAUGGUCUGUUAUUUUCUUUAGCUCUCUACUAAUGAGUGAUUAUUAUUCAGUUAUUUUUACUGAGCAUAGUACUUGAAAGUGUACUUUUUGAUGCAUGGUAAAGAAUUUGUUUUGCAAACGUAGGUCUGACAGAUGAACCAGUAUUGUUAGUGGCAUAGCAUUAAGCAGUCAGUUGUGCAGAAUUUGUUACCCCUCAAUUGCUAUAGUUUUCACCUCUUUUAAGUGCUCAUCACUGUUUAGUGGUUGAUGAGUCACCUUUGAGGGAGUCACAAUGGGCUGUUUGUAUUGUCUUCCACCUGUAUUGAAUGAUCACUGAAAUCAGAACCACUCAAAGAAAACUUAAAACAAUCAUUAAAAUAAAAUUUGAUCAAUGUUUUACCCCCAAAAUCAUUGUCAGCAGUACUUUUAAGCAAGUUUUUGUGUGUUAAGUGGUCAAUUAUGGCACAAGAUGUGGUGUUUAUAAUUUUUUUUGUAUUACCCCUAUUCUGUGGAACUGUAUCAACCCUUUACUCCCUAGCAUCAGUAUCCAUAUUCUCCAUACUAUUCACUAUACAUUUCCCAAGGUGCUGACAAAGAGAAUUUGUUUAAUAAUCAAGAGCUGCCCCAGUUGGUGAUCAUUUCCUCUAUUCCCAUGACCUCAAUGUUUGACGCAAGCAUGAUAUUGUAAGGAGAAAUUAGAUGCUAGUUAUUACGGGUUAAAAGGUUAAGCAGUCAACCUGUAUCAAGUGGUCACCCUGCCCAUGGGUGACCACAUAAUACAUGUUUGACUGUAUACAGCUCAUUCAGUUAUUGGAAGUCUAUUUCCAAAUAAGAUAUUGAAGAUGGAAAGAUGAGAAAUUAUUAAACUCUUCUCCCCUCUCCCCCCAUUUUUAUAAAUAUUACUUAUGAACCCUUUCACUCCCAUGAGUGACCAAGACAGAAUUUCUCCUUACGAUAUCAAUACAAUAUCAACCAGAUAAGUGAUGAGAAUAAAGAAAAAUAUCAAUUUGGGGAUAAUCAGUGGAUCCAAUAUUAAGUUCUCUGAACUAACAUUAUAAGAAUUGUAUGGUUGACAGUAAGGAGAAGUACAGAUUUGAUUUACAAGUUAAAGGGUUAAUAAUAAACAUAUGGAAUCUGUUGCACACAGGCCUGUCUGUGUUGAACAUUUCUUUUCUAUAUCUUGAUAUUUACUUGAAACUAUCAGUUAAAAUAAAAAAGCAACAACAUAAAUAAAUAAAUCAUUGUGUUCUGUUGUCAUAUAUUAGUUCGAGUAGGUAUAUGACUGGUGAUUGUGUGGAUACAAAAGGAGAAAGAAACUAGAAAGAUCAUUGCUAGCCCUAAGUUUGCAAUAUGUCUAUGUUAACUGUAUGAAUAAAUUAUAAGUUUGGACUGCAAUCAACUAGGUGACACGUUAUACCUCACAAUAUGGUAUUGGAAACAUCUGUUUACAACCAAGCGAUUAAAUUGUCAUGGCAAUCUUUCCUGAUGCUUUGUUAUUCAAAUUUGAAAAGAUCUGUCUUUGGUUCUUGUGAUUGUGAUGAAUGAUGUGUCUGCAAAGUGUUUAACAAUAGUGAGAAGAAGUUCUUUGAAAAUUUUCCUUUAUUUUAAGGCUGUUUAAGGGGUAUAAUAUACCUCAUAAAAAUACAUUUUUAUGAUUGUUAUAUAUUUUGCAUAGAUGUAGACUGUACACUUAAACAAAUGAAAGGUAGAAGUUUUUUUGUCAGUAAUAGAUGGAAAUGUAAAGAUCUUUCUAAUUCAGUAUUCGGGUCUGACUUCAGAUGAAUUCUUGUGAAUUUGUGGCUUGUGAAAACCAGAUGGGAAAAUCCACAACAUUUAAUGUACCAAGAACUGUAAGCUUGUUUUCUGUUAGUUAAUCUGAGAUCUGAUCCUUUUUGUGUGAUUAAUACAUCAAUGUAUAAGGUUCUCAUAAGUGUAGAUUGUUUGUGAUUGUUUAAGAUCAUUUGACUGGACUCUAAAAUUUAUUGCCUGCCUUGAUAAAGUUCUUGAAGGCUUGAAUGAUUGUUUUUAUAUGUUAAUUUUCAUAGGUUGCUCUGAAUUUCAAGCCUUAAAACUUUCAUCAAAUAAAGUUUUCCCAUAAUUUGACAAGCUCCAUAAAAUGUCCUGCCUUGAUUGCCUGUGUGACUAUUUUUUCUCUGACUUCCUAUGUUUAUUUUAAGUGGUAUUUGUCAAACUUAGCUUAUCAAUAUAAGAUUUAUCCUGAAUUUGAAAUAAACAACAUUAAAUAUCUUAUAAUAAUAGAAUAUUAACUGUGACUUGAACAACCUCGGACACAGGAUUUCAGAACAAUGCAAGAAGUCACUGUUUACUUAUUUUUGUUGUUGUUUUUUUUUUUCAGAGAGGGAAGGAUUCUGAUACGCUGUUCUUUAAGGAUGGGAAGAGAAGAGUUGGUGAGUGUACAGUGCACUUUAAAUUAAUUAGUUAACUUAAACAAUUCCUUCAAAUAAUACUAAUAGCAUAAUUUAUUUAGAGGUUAUUCUUGAUGAUAGUCCAAUAGCAGAAAAUAUUUUACUGAUUUACAGUAUAUGUACUGUACAAUGUCAUGUAGUUGGAAUCUAUGCUUUUAGAAGUUUUGAUCAUGACUUUGGUGUUCAUUUUAUGUGCUCACUCACCUAAAAAUUCUAGAAAUAUAGUGUAAAAAAGAGAGCUUGAGUUUUUGUGGUGACCAUUAACCCUUUAAGUCCCACUAAAAUGACCUUGACAGAAUUUCUCCUUACACUAUCAGUACAAUAUCAAGCAGACCAGUAAUGAGAAUAAAGAAACACAAUUAGGGUAUUACUGGUUGAUCUAUUUCCAAAUUCUCCAAACUAUUAUCAUAUGAAUCAUAUGGUAGACAGUAAGAAGAAUUACUGAUUAAAUUUUGGGAGUUAUUAAUUAAAGGGUCAACAAUGUGUCACUGACGCUCACCUUAGUACACAUGUGUUACUGACCUUUAAAUUUUUCACUGUGACAGUAUAGAAUGCCUAUACAAAAUAGUGAGCAACAUUGAAAGAUUAGCUGUCUUUUGAAAAAAAAUUACACUUUUUCACAUUUAUCUCUGUAUAGAUUACAUUCUGGCGUAUGAAAUUGAUACAACCAAAGACAGGGAGUGGCAACAAAAAAGAGAAGAGAAACGAAUUACAUUUGAGCAGAAUCUGGAAAGGGCUAAUUUAGAAUUGGAAGCAGAAGGCAUUGAGGUACAUUUCAUUUUGUUAAUUCACAACAUUUCAUUAACCUAUUGAUUCAGUUAUUUUCCAAAUUAUUUCUCAAUUCUUAAGGAUCCAUAGGUCAAAGAUAGUGCUGCAGUACUUAAUAAUGUCACAACCUGUUUAAGUGGAGGGUAAUGAUUUAUAAUUAAUAGAGACAUGUCACUUCAGUGAUCUUUUUUAUGUUGAAUUUUCAAGUAUUCCAAGGGAAUUUUAGGCAGUAAUAAGCAGUUGUACAGGAGGUAUAUUUUAUUAGUUACCACUUGAAAAAGAGAGAACUGUGACUUUUAAACCAGAAUAAAUCAUUAUGGUUUCAAAUACUUCCAUUUAUGUUGAAGAAGUUAUGACGCUUGUUAACUUGUUAUUAUCUGAGGCAAUGAGAAUGAUGCUUUUUGUUGUGAUUAUUUUCUAUAGUUGUCCCAAUUUUUUUUAUACCUUAAAUUUUGCAAAUUUGGGGUGAAAAUGAUAGAAACCCUUAAUUAGUGUGCAGAAAUCGAUGACUUCCCAAUUCUUCUUUUGAUAAUGCAGAAACUAAAAGCCUUUAACAAGGAACAAGGCCUUCAGAUAAACACGUAAUUAAACAGUUAUGAGUGACCUUCCCCUAUUAACAUUGUGGAUAAGUGCAGUUGGAAAAGUGCAAUUGUUCCAUGAAACUGUAAUACAUGUAUGUGGACACUUGGAUAAUUUGCAUCGUCAUCCAUGAGAGUGUUUCGUAUCAGACCUGUCACAGACUGAUUGACUAUUUGCUUCUUUUUUUCCCACCUUUUAAAGUAGUUAAAAGCAAUUGGAUAAUAAACAACUCUUUCUUAUUUUGGUGUGGAGUUUCACUGAGUAAUUCUACUUGUUGUUUAUAUUUUGACUUGACCUAAAGGCUCAUCAAAAUGCAGCACAACUUGUUAAAAAAUAAUACUUGGCAAAUUAAUACAUAAAAGACUGAGUGUUAAUUUUUCUUUAUUAAAAUUACUGUUUAUUAGAAAUCAAGUAAUGGAAAGACAGCUUUUAUCAAGAUCCAUGCACCUUGGAAAGUCCUCAUCCAAGGUGCUGAGGAGAUGCUCAUGAAGAUGCCUAUCAGGGUAUGAAUACAUUUAUGGUGUUUUCUCACACAAAUACUGGAUCUUGAUUAAAAGUCAGCUUUAGUAAAAACCAUAUUUAACAAUAUACUGUCAGUGGUGUUAAAUAUAUUUGAUGUGGGUCUCAGCCAGUGUAUUUGCAGUCAAGGAACCACAAGAGAACACUUCUUAAUGUUGGCAACCAUUUUAAUAUCAAUUCUUCAUAAAUAUUGGCUGCACCAGGCCACGUUUUAAAUUGAGAGGGGGUUUUCAUCAAGAAAAUAAUUAAAAACCUUUACAGUAUGACUUCCCCUUCAAUGACAUUAAAAGCAGCAAAUUAACUUGUAUGUACAUGUAACUGACAAGUUCACAGGGACAAUAAUAUCUUGAUUGUUUGCUUAUAAUAAGGGGGCAAUUACAGUACUGUAGGGAAAUCUGCCAAAAACAUUAUUAUAAUAAAAUUCUCAAAGAAUGUGUAGAACAAUCUUUCCCAAACACUGGACAUUCUGAAACAGUAAUAUUAUUUUAUAUCAGGAUGAAAACUGUUGUCAAUGUCCUUGAAUUGGGGAAAAAAUAUGAAUAUUGAUGCAAUUUUAAUGUUCAAUUUUUCUGACUGUAGAGCAUUUGGAUGUCAGAUUAAUUUCUGCUGUGUUAUUGAUAGGUUACUACUUGCAACAGCAAGCAAUUAAUCAUUGACAGAAGUUACUUGAAAGUGGUCUGUCAGUAAUAAAAAUUCUAUGUACUUGACAGUUACCCCUUUAACUCCCAGAUCAAAUUUGUACUUUUCCUUACUGUCAACCAUACAAUUCUCAUGAUGUUAGUUCAGAGAAUUUAGUAUCGGAUCAACCAAUCAUCCCCAAAUUGAUAGUUAUCUUUAUUCUCAUCACUUAUCUGGUUAAAAUUGUAUUGAUAUUGUAAGGAGAAAUUCUUUCUUUGUCACUCAUGGGAGUUAAAGGGUUAAGUGCUUGAAAUGAACACAACCUUUUCUGGUGGUAGGAGAAUGACUUGGACACAAGAGAUUGGACUGAGAGAUGUUUUGAUACCAUUGGAAUGCGUAAUCCAUUUGAACUCAGAGCUGAAGAUCUUCCAGAGCAGCCAAACUACUUCACUUGUGCCUUUAGAAAAGACAAACUUGACAGGUACGUUUUCUUUGUUAACUAUCAGAGGAUUAAAGUGUGAUGGAGAUCAGGAAUACAGCAUAUGAACAAUAGAGUAAUACCCACAAUAUUGCAAUAGAUCAUGGCUACAAAUUAAAGAGCUUGUCAAUUGAGUGGUGAAUGUGCUGUAAGUAUACAUGUGUAAGGGCCUAUUUACACUGUAUGACUUUGUCACAUGCGACAAGCUUAUGACAGGCUUACGACAUGAAUUGUUUCGUGUAAAUCAAACCUACAACUCGCUUACGACUCUUAAGUCAUGUUGUAGGCCUGUCGUAAGCUUGUCGCAUGCGACAAAGUCGUGCCGUGUAAAUAGGCCUUAACAGUACUGUAAAAAGGAUUUGUACACUUAUGUUUUAUGUUACAAAUGGGAGUUGAAAGUUUGAAUUAUUUUUAAUUUUGAAUUGCUAGAAAUCAUUGCUGAUACCGGUAUGUAUAGUUUAGGAUGUGCAAAUAAUAUGUUCUACUGAUGUAUAAUUGAAAGCAUAUUAAUUUCUUUCGGAGCAUGUCUUUUAACAAUAAGUUUAUGUUUGAAACUGUAAUAGGUAACUGGGGUUUGAAUGAUUAAGUUUCCAUUAAUCUUCUAUGAUUAAUAAUAUAUAUUAUUUUUAUAUUUUGAAUUUGUAAAUUAAUGAUGAAAUUAUUAUAUAAUCAAAUUUCUUUUUCAUUAUUCAUAGGUUUCUUAUUCCAGAAAACCAGGAUGAUUUCUUCACAUGUGCUCAGCGGAGCAGAAUUGUAAGUGAUUCCUGUAACAGAGGAUGUUUACUUUGAAUUUAACUUUAUCAUGACAACAUUACGAGUAAUGAUAGUUUUACAGUCAUGUAUGUCAUGUAGUUCCUGCUAUGGUAGAUCUUUAACUCACUGAACAUGCAAUGACCAAAUGAUAUAUUCAUCUUUUGCCUGAUUUAUAAAUAGUGCACUCUGGUAACACAUCUCAGACAGAGAUGGCAAAACAUAGAAGUACAGUAAAUAUUGAUGUUCAAUUGCAUGCAGGUUCACAGAAUUUUGACAAGAACACAGUAUGGCGAGAAGAGGAAUCAGAUUGGUAAAAAUGAAGCAAUCUUAAUCAAAACUAUUAAUACUUUAUGUUAAUGACUAGCAUUAAAAAUUUGGGGCCCUUUACAUCAGGUAGAGAAAUGUAUUUUUGUCAGUCAUUGAACAAUAAGAAUAUUGCCUCCUACAGGGAAUUUAAAGGUACAUGUCAAUUUUCUCUAACUGCAGAAAGACUCUUUGAAGUAUUCUCUUUUGUAUUACUUUUAAUUAUUGAUGUCAGCUUAUUAAACUGAUUUUGCAGUAUAUCAUGUAUCACAUUGACCACAUUGUGUAAAGUGUGAUCAGAAACUUAUACUUACAUAAUGUAGCUGCAUAUCCUUGUCAUUUAUGCAUCUCUGUAAUAUGAUAUUAGGCAUUGGACGCUUAAUUGGUAAUGGAUCUUACACUGCAGCUUAUCCUUUACACGAGGUAAAAAAUUAAUUGCAAGUUUUGUUUUGUUUUGUUUUGUUUUUUGUCUUCAGUAUAACAACUCCUUACUGUGAAACUUAAAAAGUGUCCAAGAAAUUUACUAUGGUAUAAAUUGAUGGAUCACUGUAAUUUACAAUAAUUUCUCUAGGUUUAAAAAAUGAGCAGUUCCUGAAUGAUACCUUUAGAAGAGCAGAUUAUAAGCUUUGAAACUUCUCAGAAUUUAGAGAGACUGAAAACAGAGACUUGAAGGGCAGUGGUGAACAAAUUUAAGGGCUCUCAUAUUUGUAUAUGAUUAUUAAGUUUAAGGGCCCAAGAAGGCUGACAUACAGUUAUAUCAUGCAAAACUUAAAAUUAAAAACUUUGUCUCCUGUCAGGGAUUAAAGGGACAUGAAAAAGCCAAACAAAGUUAUAUAGGUCAUGGUUCAUUUUCUGUAAGUGCACUCCAUCUGGUUGAAUGAUCCCAUACAAGGGACUGGCCAGAGGAAAAGGAAACUACUGCAUCAGUUUUCUCAGAGUGAUUUGGAGUCUAAUAAUGAUUUUUUCCUUGAAUCAACAAUUGUGUCAGGUUGCUUGAACAGGAUUCAGCUAAAUGUUGGCAAAGUUAGCCAUGUGUUUUCUUGUCAUUUAUUUCAAAAAUUUUGGAAUAAAAAUUCAAUACAAAAAAGGAAUAACAUCAAACAACUACAUGUCCAUAUGUUAAGUCAAAUGAGAGUUGGACAAUGGAUGUCUUGAUCCAGGGAACAUUAAGCUUGUUGGACAUGGGGAACUAUUUGGACUGAUACAUGUACAUUGUACAUGUAUAUAAUGGUAAUAGGACUAAGAGGAGUCCAAUUCAGGCUGUAAUUAUUCAAGUGAUAAAAAAAAUUGGAUGAUUGCACUGUGAAGGCAUCCAUUGUACCUUUUCAUUAAAAAAAAACAACAGUUAAAUGGGCAAAAUGUGAGACAACAGCAUGCACAUGCGACACCUUCUGUGCACUUACACAGGCAUGGUGUGUUAACUGCCCUAUUACACUGUCCUAUUAGUGCUCAAACUGAGCUGGAGAAUUCAAGAAUUUUUUUAUAGUUUUGAUCAAUGGAACCAGGGAUUUUUAAUGGCAACAAAGCAUAAUUGUACUUCAGGCCAAUUUUCAGGGUAUACUUUUUGCUCAUGACCAUCAAAAUAAUUCAAUCAGACUUGAACGCACACUACAUGUACACAAAUCAUGUUGUCUUAAUCAUAUCUAGGACAACUGUGUGAUUGUCAGUUGCUCAUAACACACACAAAAGUAAUUUUUUAGCAUUUUGAAACAUGUUUUGUUACCUUCAAGUGUUGAUGUUUCAAAUUAAAUAGUUGCAUUUGAUUUUUUUUUUGUACUGGAGAGAGGUAAUAGAGAUGGAUUUGGCAUAUGAUGAGCACACUGUAAUUUAUAAUUACUUUAUCAGGGAAUUUGACAUUUAGAGAUCUAAACAUUGCAAAAAUUACCACAAUAAUACAUGGAAUAACUUGAUACAGUACCAUCAUUUUUGUAUUUUACAAUGGUUGAUGUAGGGCACUUAUGAAAUAGAUCAAUCCAAUGAUCCUCCAAGACCUGAAAAUGCCAGACAGGUAAUUUUUUUAUUAUUUUUUUAAAAUAAAUAGACCUCACGAGGUUACUUAGUUUUGUGUAUGUUGUUUCCUGUUAAGUUUACAGUGUACAUUGUGUAUGUACAACUCGGACCUAAUAAACUCCUAAACAAAUCUUUGGUAUGCAGUCAUUUUGUACCCAUGGUCGUUUUGUACUCAAUCAUUUUAUACUCAGUUGAUAAUCAAUGAUAGUUUUAUUUGUGGGUUGUUGCUAUUUCAGUUGUUGUUUGACACCUGGGUUAAAGCACAUCGCUGGUACAAAAUGCAACCAUUGGAUCAUAUCAGGUAAAAUCACUUACACAAGACGGUUUAACUCAAGGUGUGUGUGUCAUUUUUUGUUGUUAAUAAUUGUUUUGGUUGAUUAUUCAUUAAUUUUGUUGCAGAGAUUACUUUGGAGAGAAAAUUGGAAUCUACUUUGCUUGGUUAGGUAAAUAUAAUUAAUGACUUCAAAUUUCAUGUGCACUCAUCUGAUUGAAGUAAGUUAUUGUUUCAGCUGUUUAAUCAUGGCUGGAUAUAAUUUUUAUUUUUGGAAGAACACAUAUUAAAGGCUAUGACUGUAUUCUAGUCAGCCAGUGAGACUCAAGGACAUUGCACAAUGCAUGAAGUUUGGAUGUCAAUGAGGAAAACAGUGUCAUCAAACAAAUGUUACUCUCUUGACUGUUUGACAGGUUUCUACACAUGGAUGUUGCUCCCAGCAGCCAUCAUGGGCCUUGUUUGUGUGAUUUAUGGACUUGUCAGACUGGAGUCUUACAUUCCUGUGUAAGUGAUGAGUUUGGCAAGGCCUAUAUGUGCAUUCUAUCAUAUGCAAAGGCCUUAUAUUCGUAUCAGCCGUGAAAUGGGCUCAUUGAGGACUGGGAAUCUUAAAGUAUUAUUUAAAGUUGUCGUGAAAUGGAACAAAAGAAAAAUAUACUGGGUGAUACAUUCACAUGUGCUAUUUUACAUAACUUUCACUAUAAUGUGCAUCCAGUGUUUACUAUUACUGCCAGUGGUAAGCGUUAACAGUAUUGCAAUCACUGGUUUUAUACUGAAAAAACGCAAGUCAGAGAACCAACUUUUUUUUAUUUUUGUGUAAACGUGGCUUUCAGACAAGUAAAACCAACUGUAUGUAUGUAUCUUUUGCUUUAGGAAAGACAUCUGUGAUACGUCUAAGAACUUUCCCAUGUGCCCUCGCUGUGACAAACGCUGUCCAUACUGGUCUUUAUCAGACACAUGCAUCUAUUCAAAGGUGACUUAAAGAACAUUUUCACCUCUUGCUUCAAGUUCCUUCUUUUCUUCUUCCUCGACUUCUUUGCUAAACUUUUUUAAAGGUCGCUAUUUGGCGACUUAACCAAAUUUGUCAUUCUCUUCACAGUCAACUAUACAAUUCUUAUAUUGUUUGUUCAGAGAAUUUAGUAUUGGAACAACUAAUUAUCCCCAAAUUGAUAUUUUUCUUUAUUAUUAUUACUUAUCUGGUUGAUAUUAUAUUGAUAUUGUAAGGAAAAAUUCUCUCUCGGUCACUCAUGGGAGUUAAAGGGUUAAAAUCACGAAAUGUUUGCCAGAAAUGGAGAAAGAAAGGAAGAAAGCAGAGAAAGAAAUUUUGUGCAACAUUGAAUUUAAGCACCACAGUUUCUUCCUGCUGACCAUGAUGACCAAAUGACCGCAGUGUGAGGCCCUGUGUCCCAUUAAUAAUUGAUGUAGCCCAAACCAUGAAUUUGGAGACAAUUUAUAAUAAUUAACACAUUAUUUUGCUCGGAAAUAUUCAUCUUUGUAGUUCGUUUUUCAGAAGUUAUCUAUCUAGUUUUAUCGUUUACUUGUACUAAUGCCCUCUUUGAUUCUCUUCAGGUGGCUUACGUUUUUGACAAUGAGUUUACUGUGAUUUUUGCCAUUUUUAUGUCGAUUUGGGGUGAGACCUUUUUUUAUUUUUAAGAAUAAUUGCUUGUGUAGUAAACUGUGUCAGACCGCGAGGCUCUAUUGUUGACAGCUGUAAAGCUGUGUGUGGUCAUUAUAUUGAGUUGUUGGGCGAGAUGAUUCACUCUGAGAAUGCUUCUCUCCAUCCGGGAGUAUAUACAUAUUGGCAACGCUGAAUAGUCAAAGAAACUUGACAGAAUGUUUGGGCAACUUGUACUGAACCAUCCCGUUCAAGAGUUCAAAAAAUAGCUAAUGGAUUGAUUGCCGAACAUCUCAUAGAUAGGACCAUUUUGUCUGUGACUUUCACAGAAAGGAAACUUUGAUUUUCUUUCAGGGUCGUAAUGUUAAUGAAAUACUUUACUGAUGAUCAUGUGUGUAUUUGUUACACAGCCACCAUGUUUCUUGAGUUUUGGAAGAGGCGGCAGGCAGAGAUUGCUUACGAAUGGGAUCUAUUGGGAUAUGAGGACGAAGAGGUACGAUAUUAAUUAAUCAAUCAAUGUAUUUAUUUAUGACUUUUGUUAAUUAUUUGUAAGAAGGCAAAGAUUAGGCUCGGCAAGGUAAGCUUAUGCCGUUUAGGAUUUAUCCAGGAACAAAAAACCACACUACUUACUUCUCCGUGUCGAUUUUUCUUUCGUUUUGUGAAUGAUGCUUUAAAUGUAAACGUUUUUGUUGAUCUUGUUGCGUGUUAUAAGCAAUUAAUAUUAAUUUCACGAAUCUCUGAAAUGUGUUCGUUUGAACUCAAGGUACAGUCUAUUACUUAAAAAGACUCGCAAAAACUUGACCGUCAGUCCUGUUCAGUGUGUUUUUCAUUUGACCAUCUUUCCAUAAAUGUACAAGCUCCAAUUCAUUAUUCUGUUUUAGGAACAACCUCGUCCCGAGUACGAGGCAGUAGCGAUGGAGACCCGUUUGAACCCCAUCACGAAAGUGGAAGAGCCUUUCAUAUCGCUUGGGAGGAAAGUGCCCAGAUUUAUUUGUAGUUUCAGUUUCAUCAUCUUCAUGGUAAGAACUGGAUAAUGUUUAAUAAGGCUCAAUGUGACUUUGGCCAGGUUUAAACCGAGAUAAUGCAGCAGUUUCACUAGAGCCUCGCAACGGCAUCGAUGUGCAUUACUACCUUUCUGCUUUGUUUCCUUCCUUCCUUCCUUCCCUCCCUCCCUCGCCACCUCCCUCUUUUGGUUGAGUGUCCAUUACGCGCACCAGUUUGUUGGUGUUGCGUUGACAGGUGCCUGGAGGUUGGCUGCGGCUUGAUUGCUGGGAGAUUGCUUCCCUCCUAUGGUGUCAACUGUUCGCAUCCACCCACCCACCCACCACCUUGAUACUAUUGGGCGUCGCUACUCGGACGAGGCGAAACGCUCAUAUUACUGCAACAAUUUGACCUUUUCAAAUCUAGAUUUACCUGAAUUCUGUAGCCCCGGCGUCUUUUGCAAGCUAGUUAUAACCGACAGAAAAACUGGCUUUUGGUCACCGGUAUGGCUCGUAGUGUUUUAAAAGAGGAUAAGAGGUGCAACAGCGAAGUUCUGAAUUUUGAUCUAUAUUAUUAUGGUCUUUGUAUCGCAGCUGGCGCUUGUCGUCAUCGCCGUGUUUGCUGUUGUAGUAUACCGUGUUGCAGUAUACGCGGUGUUAGCCGCAACCAGUGACUACAACAUGGGAGCUGUAAACAUGGCCACGUCCGGCACUGCAGCUCUCCUAAAUCUCAUUACCAUCAUGCUCCUCAAUAAGGUACCCGCAUAAACUUAUCUUAUUCUAUGGAGACGGUACACAACUAGUAAACAUCUUGAGGUAAAUUUUUGUUGUCUGCCCUAUCAUGUAGAUGUUCGUUUGCGACUCUUACACAGCGAUGGUUCCUACUUGAAUGAGCAGAUAUUAGUUAACCCUUUAACUCCCAGAAGUGAUGAACAUGUAACCUCUCAAUCAGAUCUUGGGAGUUAGAGGGUUAACAGUAGAAGUUCAGCGGAUGGUUUUAUACCUUGGAGUAACAACUGAUCAUUUAGUGUGAUCCUCAGGUGACUUCUUUUUGUUAAUUAUGUUAUUUUAUCUCCAGGUUUACGAAAAACUGGCUGAGAUUUUGACACGAUGGGGUACGUGUGUAGAAAAUGAAUUCAGUGAACUUCAUUCAUGCUUUAAGCUAUUGACCACUUUACUGAUAUUGAAUCAUCAGUGCAUCCGAUCUUUCAACUGACCUUAACCGUACUACUGUACUCGUGCACGUUGUGGUCAUUACACAUUACAUAAGAAUUUUAAAUUUAAAAUUAGUAGCCGAAUCCUUCCGUACCUCUAAACUGCAUUGGCAUGCGGCGUCGAAAGCUAACAAAGUAGGAGGCAAUGAGGAUAGGGUUAAAUUCAUCAUCUGUUUUUAUUUCAGAGAUGCCUCGCACCCAGACGGAGCUUGAAGACAUCUUUUCAUUUAAGAUGUACCUUUUCCAGUUUGUGAACUUCUAUUCGUCACUCUUUUAUAUUGCGUUUUUUAAACUCAGGUGAGUUUAUGUCAUGAGUAAUCUAAUUGCAACAAUGGGAAAAAAGUUACUUAGAGUUCUCCUAAGAAAGAAAACUCAAAAUCGUAGACAUUUUCGAUUGUCUGGGAUGACUGACGACAAAUCGGUUAAAUCGAGAGCGCUUUUUUUUUUACUGAGGCAACCCAGAUUUUUGCGAUGAUCCGCGAUUACUGAAGGUUAAAGAAAACUCCUAUUUUGAACUGUCGUUAGUUUUAAUUUGCUACCAUUCCUUGGCUCCUGUAGCCCCGAGUCCCAAAUGAAGUGGUGUCUGUUCUAUUUUUCGCCAACCAUCAGACAAUCGGAAUGUCUACGAUUUCGAGUUUCAUUAAUUAGAAAACUCUGGAAUCAUCGAGAAAUAUUGAAAUCACCGACUAUCCGGGAUUUUUCCCGCCAGCCUUAAGUGUCAUUGUUUUUUCACGAUUUAGGCUCUUCGAAUGACAUGCAGAUCGUGAUCUUCCCUCACCCAUUUGUUGUUGCACGGUUCUGCUGUUGUCUUGUUUCUUUGUGAUGCUGUGUUGUGAAACUGACGAUCAAAAACAACAACAGGAGAGCCGUGUUACAGCGAAUCUUCGAAACGCGCUAAGCUGUUGAGAAACAGCCCACCACAUUGGAGCAUAAUGCUUCAGAAGGCCUCUUGUAUACACUCGACCUCAUCACGUAAAGAAAACUCGCACUAAGCCAUUGAAACGUCGCGAUUCACAUCAAAAGUAAAAACAUCUUCAGAAAAGUAGUUUUUCAUAAUUACCAGUAGGAACUUUUAUCUAUUUACAUAGAAGCGUUAAACCCCCUUAAAAAAUUGUUCGGCAUCACAGCGGUAGAAUGAACGUAUUGAAUCAUAUUUUGAGAAUAUUUUCAACUGACAAUUAUAAGUUAUCUGUUUUCGUCCCUCUGGAAGAAAGAACUGCGCUGACAAAAAAAAAUGUUUGUUUUCAGCCCUGGAAGGCCAGCAGAAUUUAACAGGAUAUUUGGUUUUCGACAAGAAGAGGUAAGAAAAAGUAUUCGUAAAGUUUUUUUUUUUGUGACAGUUUAGGGUAUUUAAAGCUGCAUUGGGUUAAUCAGACGGUACUGUCGUCAAAAAUUUGCGAGAAAAGGAAGGAAAGAUCGUCUUUAGACAUUGUUUGUAAUUGAAGUAAAUAAUGUUUUUCGCCUUUGGUCCCAUUAGUUGGACCAGUUUAAAAAGGAUGCGUUUGAUUAGAAUUUAUAUCGUAAGGGUGUAUGUGAUGUUCGUUAAAUUUGACAAUGCAAGGUUUGCCGACUUGGAAAUAGUUGCUUUAAUAAUUUGAAUCUUAUUUUUGACUUUUUUACCUCCUUUGGACAAUAUUAGUUCAUUUCAAUCAGAAAAUAGAAAGUAAAAUAAGGCAUAAAAGUAACUGAAAAUAUCUUUCAAACAUAGAGCAGUUGUAAAGGAGAAUUCUGAGUUCAUUUUCAUGUUGUUCUGGCAGUGUAAUCCGGCAGGUUGUUUAUUUGAGCUCUUGGUCCAGCUGGCAGUUAUCAUGGUUGGAAAGCAGAUCUUCAAUAAUUUUAUUGAAAUAAUCGUCCCGUAAGUAGCCCGUAAAGAGAUGAGGUACAUUUUUAACGUUCCCGCUUUUUGAGACUUCAUUGGACUUAAGGCAGGUUUUAGAAAAUAACACAUUUAUGGACAUUUACGUAUUCUAAUGUAAUAACAGUUUACUGUUAACUAGGAGUAUUUACGUUGUGCUCGAUAUACUUGGACAGUUUUGCAAUACGACAUACAUAAAGGUGUAAUAGCUUAUUGGAGAAGCACAUUUAUAGCGUAAGUGAAACACAGGUAUAGUAAUCAGAAAACCGGAAUCGCUGAAAAAAAAAAUCAGGGAAUGUAUUUGUAUAGGUAAUCACAUGAUUUCGAGUGCAAUUUAGAAUAAAUAAGCACGAGUAAAUUUUUUCAAAGACUAACAAAAUUGUACGAGCCCGUAGGGCGAGUUCAAUUUGUGGUCUUUGAAAAACUUAACAAGUGCUUAUUUAUUCCAAAUUGCACGAGAAAAAUCAUGGGAUUACGUGUUAAUAAUAGACAUGAAAAAAUACGAGAUGGCUUAUCAUAACUAAGCAGAAGCAAAGCGCGCGCAUCAAGAGCAAAAAUAAUUUAUUCAAACCGUGCGUUCGGUCAAAACAACAAUGUACGAUCAAAACAAUAAUAUGCGAUGAUAUCUUCACAUCUUUAAGGCGCAAAAAAGUUCAAAGUCCGGCUAAACAGUUCAAGGAAUUGUUCAGUCUGUGUCCGAAUCACUUUCGAUGAAAUGGAAUCGUCAUUUUCGAGGUUUAACCAUGUUUGUUUUUAAUUUCGGCGUUGGAUCGCUCAAGCAAAGUGUUUAGCAAGGUCGGCUUGUAAUUUUUUAUUUCCUUGGCAAUUCCCUUCUCUAAAAUCCACUUUUUCCAGACCGAAACCAAAAACAGUGCUUUUUACAGUGUUUUGGUUGUCUGAGCUGUUUUCAGCUGCGGUGGCGAAAGAAAACCUACUUAAAAAGCAGGCCAUUGUUUCGCUCGCAAAUUUUCAAAUUUUCAAAUUUUGUUGCGACAUCGAAGGCUCUCAUUUGACUGGCUAUCUAUGAGUUUCUUUGAUUAUUGACCAAUCAGAAUGUUUGAUUUGUUACUUUCUUUGCACUGAAUUAACCCUCUUCUGCACUGAAUUAACUCUCUUCUGCACUGAAUUACCUGAAAACUGCAUUUAUCUUGACCAAUCAGAACUGAGAAAUUUUUCCAUGUAUAUUAUUAUUGUGGGAACAUGCUCCAAACACAUUUUACAGUGAAAUAAUACUUUUAAUUGUUUAGUCCUGUAAAACAGUAUUUCCACAGGCCAAGUCACUCAUUCUGCGAACGUUUUGGAUUAAUAAUAUUUUGACUCAGAUUUCAAAUGAGUGGGAUGAUCAUUUGGGUAAGCACUCCUAUUUUUUCAUCAUCAUCAUCAUCAUCAUCAUCACCACCACCACCAUCAUCAUCAUCAUCAUCAUCAUCAUUAUUAUUAUUCAUUAUUAUUAUUAUUAUUGAUAUCGUCACCAUUAUUAUUAUUAUUAUUAUUAUUAUUAUUAUUAUUAUUAUUAUUAUCACUAUGGUCUCUUUUAUUCCUGAAAAUAGAGGAUAUUACAUGGCCGCGCGAAGAUAAUUAAUUCUGUUCGAGUGUUGGGAAACAUAUCACGAGUGAGCGAAACGAACGAGAGAAAUAUUUUUCAACGCGUGAAGAGAAAUUUCGUAGCUCCAAGCGGCCUUGUAAUAGUUAUAAUCAUAGUAUCGGUAUUGUUUCCACGUGUAAAGAGAAACAUGUUAUCUUCACGUAUGAAGAUAUCAUGUUUUCGCGCGAAAACUCACUUGGUAUUUGACUGAGGUUUAUAUUAUUAUUAUAAUUAUUUUCCACAGAAAGCUUCAGAACUGGUGGAGACGCCGUCAGAAUAUUGAAACCCCCGACUUGACCGAAUACACACGUUGGGAACUGGACUAUGACUUGACUCAGUAUCCCGUGCACGGGUUGUUUUAUGAAUACCUUGAGAUGGGUAAGAACUGCGCAGCUUGUACGGUUGAGCUAAGGAGAUGGUUGAGAUUUUACCGGUUAUAAACUCUGUUUUGUUUUUUUUGUUUUUUUUUGUUUUUGUUUUUUCCAGUGAUCCAGUAUGGCUUUGUGACACUAUUUGUGGCCGCCUUUCCACUUGGACCGUUCUUUGCCCUCAUCAAUAACUUGUUGGAAAUUCGUCUUGAUGCUUACAAGUUUAUCGUGGUUUUUCAGCGCCCAAUGGCAGCUCGUGCGCAGGAUAUAGGUAUGCGUUAUAUGAAGAGAGGGCCGAUUAUUUUUUUGUUGGUCUUAAACAUUUUUAUUAAUUGAAAUUCUAUUUAGGAACUACCGAAUAGAACACUUGAAAAAAAAAACCUUUUGUUUUCACAGGAAUUUGGUACGCAAUCUUGAAAGGCGUUACGAAGAUCUCUGUGGUCGUAAAUGUAAGAAUCUAUUUAACAAAGUUGUGCGUUUUUGAAUAUUAUUUCUUUAAGGAUUGAAAAACGGAAAAUAAACAGAGAAAAAUUACUUGGGCGACAGAUUCAGUUACAAACACAGUUGUUUUUUUUCCCCAAUUUUAUCGAAUAAAGAAAAAAUUAAUGAGACAGUUUUUCCCAUGUUCGAGCAAAAAAGGUUGGUCCUGACUUAAAUCAAAUAACAAUAAUAUAGUCAAAUUUGGUCACCUGGUGGUAGUUAUUGACCUGUAAGAGCUAAAAAUGAAGGAUUUCCUAAUAGGAUGAGAUAUUUCAUUGCUUUGGUAACUUGCAAAUUCAAGCGGACAGACAAUGAUUUAGCAUGUUCUACAAGGACCGCUCAUUUUGCUUGAAAACAGUUUGUAUUCAAAAGAACUUGAGCAAUAGUAUUGCCUCAUUAAUAGUACGUGCUGCAUGCUGCGGUUCGAGUCACUUUAGUUGAAGGAAGCAUACUUGAAUAAUUUGAAUCAGCGAUUUAAAGAGCAGAAUACAGCAGAGAGUUAUCUCUUUGUUCUACCUGUUGUCAAAGGUGAAAAACAUGUCGUACUCGGCGUUUUGAUUUAAAACCAAAGAGAACUUAUUGUAAGGAAAGCCACAAUGUAUAAUCACGGUAACUUGUUUUUUUCUUACCCUUUUUGUUAGGGCUUUGUGAUUGCUUUUGUUUCCGAAUUCGUCCCUAGACUGUAUUACACCCUAGGUGAACACAACGACAGCUUGGAAGGAUUUGUGAACCACACCUUGUCGUGUUUUGCGGUGGAUGAUUUUCCUGAGUCUGAGAGACCUUCUGGAGCUGCUGCUGUUGAGUUCCCCCUAAGAAUUAACAGUUGUGGGUUUAAUUUAUCUACCUGCAGGUAAAAUAACAAGGAGGGUUCUGUUUUAUGGUUUAGUUCUUGCAGAAAAAAGAAUCGCCUUUACUGAUUAGUGUACUGAUUCAUUAAUUUGUCAAAGCUUGCUGGACGCUUGGUGACACUAUUGUAAGAAUCAUAAGUCAUCCAUUAUAACUCAAGUUUUAAAGGUCUUGUGUGCUUGCAUUUUAGAUUCCGAGGGUAUUAUGAACGACCAAAAAUUACAAUACUAAACACGACCCUUCCAAAUCCGAAUGCUUACAAGUUCUCGACAGCCUAUUGGCAUAUUUUGGCGGCCAAGCUGUUUUUUGUGGUUGCCUUUCUGGUGAGUUUGUGUCCACUUUUAAUUGUGGGACGCUCGUUAUGAUGCACCUGAUGGGAUACUGAGAAUCGGAGUAUUUUCCUACAAAUAGAAUUGUUGGUGGAGAUUACUGCAGUAAUGUUGUAAAAAGAAGAUUCCACCCUAUCUGUGUUCCUCUCUGUUUCCUAGUUGAUCUUUGUAGCAGUUCUGUGAAACAUUUAAAAUUGACCAACCAAAAAAAAAAAAAACGUUCAGUUGAAGAAACCUACCUACCAUCUAAUAUUUCUUCUUGUGUUUGGCUGAUAGUCUUAUUAAUUUGUUAUUUUGUGCAGCACAUCGUGUUCGGUAUGACGGCAAUCUUGGCUUGGAUUAUCCCCGAUGUUCCGAAGGAAGUUGACAAUCAAGUCAAGAGAGAGAACUUUCUUGCCCGCGAAGCCUUACGGUCAGCAGAUCAACAAGAUUCUGUCUCUCCAGUCCCUAGGGAAAAUUCGCGUGGCCAGGAUGAAAUGUUGUGAAAUGUUGUAGAAUGUCGUGUUUUGACAGAAAUUAUCUCGUAGUCAACGACCUGUAACUGAUAUCGGUAUAGGUAGUUAAAUUUGAUAAUACCACCGUCGCAUAUUUUGAAUAAUUUCUUGUUGGAAACGUAAGGCAAAAUUCGAAAAUCUUCACAAAAGCCAGUGCUUGUCACCAGCUGCGUGUCAUAGCUCGCUGACCCAUACGAUUGAUAGUCUUCAUUUAUAAACUCAGUUUAAUCUUUCGAAUAGCGAAAGGUCAGUACAUGUCUGUUUUAUAUAGAAUAAACGGUGUACGUUUUACGUCGGUGGGAGAGUAUAGCAGGUAAUUUAGUGUUAACAACUGAGUUGAAAACGUAAAUUGGCCACCGUAAAGAGUGAAAAAGCUGACAUUGCGAGCGUUAGUCCUUCGUCAGAGCGAUGGCGAAGGGCUAACGCUCGAAACGUUCUGACGAUCUGACUGAAGGGCUAACGCUCGCAAUGUCAGCUUUUUUACUCUUUACGGUGGCCAAUUUACGUUUUCAACCCAGUUGUUAACACUAAAUUACCUGUUUUACAUAGAUCAGCUUUCUACUUAAAUAGUGUAAAACUUUAUAGUAAGACUAACACCGUACAAGAUUAAUAAUUUGUAUUCAUAGUUGGUUUGUGUGGUGACUUUAUAUGCGAGUAAAGUAACGUGAAAUUGCCGUAGGGAACGAACUACUUUUCUUUUGAUUCUCAGGUUCGUUUCUUUAGCCUCAACUGAAAGACCUCGAGAAUUUAGGACACUUGCUAAUACAAAGCUUUUCUAUUCCUUCAUUACUUAUCACACCUUAUGUUUACCGGCAUUGAGUGGCUUUAAGAGAAUAUCAGGUCUUUUGGUUGCUUGGGAUACAAUAUUUAUUUUUCCAAUGAAGCCAUCCAAAUACGUUGAUGCCGUGCUAAGGUAAAGGAGUAAGGAUAGAUCCAUCCCGGACUUGUUUGUAACAGUAAUCAAAAUCAAAAUAAACUGUUAGGCAAUACAGACUUUGUAACAGUAGUCAAAAUAAACUGCUAUGCAAUACA